AUGGUAAUUUCAAAACGACCGACAGCGGUGUUCCAGAACUGCAGCACUAUGCUACAACAGCCACUUUUGGGACAGGUGGUAACUGUCACAGCACAAGCCGCCAUUGAUCGAGAAAGCAACACCGGUUUCUCCAUCACACAUAGUAAAAUCAUACCAUACGACGGUAAUUUCAGAGUAUAUCUAGGACGUCCAUGGAAGAGCUACGCUAGAGUCAUUGUCAUGCAUACCGAGUUGAGUUGGCUGGCUUGGAACAACUUAACGGAUCCUCCUCCUCUGAUAGUAACAUUGGGAGAAUACCAAAACUAUGGACCGGGUUCCGACGGGACUAAGAGAGUCAAUUGGAUUGGAAAUAUUCUGGUAACGACAGAAGAGGAGACGAAGAAGUUUUUGUUGAUGAGUUUCUGA